CAAAUACCCAUAGAAGUGGUUUCGUCCUCUAGAAUGUCUACUGUCUCUCGGUUCAGUUCGGUCUCGUCUACACUGGCACGCCUACGCUCGUCGCUCUUGUCUCCCAAUCCUCACCGGCAACUCUCGCUACGCUACUCAACGUCUCAUCACCACUCACCAACUCACGGACAAGCUCGUCCGCAUGCUCACGUUCAUUCCACACAUAACCGGAUAAAGAGAUCUCAUGCAUUAACUGCAGCGCUUGGGGCGUCUUGUCUGGCGUUCACGGUCGGCGCGCUCUACCCACCCGACGUCGCCACGUUAGUUUCUCCCCGAGCUGCCCCCGGCCCUCCGGACCCAGAAGAUCCAAGGGCAAAAGCAUAUGUAGAAGAGUUGGAACAGAGGCUACAACACCUUCCACUUCUUGAACGACAUCGUAAUGCGCCCGACGCGCACGAAUGGUAUGAGACGCGUCCUUACAUAAAAUAUCCUGAGGAGCAGAGGAUAAAUCAUUUGACUGCUGGUGCAUUGCGUGGGCCAGGAAAACUUGCCUUACCACCGGUGUUGCGCGUGAAGAGGGACGAGUCGGAGUCACUAGCCGUCAUUCAUUUUGGACGUGGACUCUGUGGUCAUGACGGUGUUGUUCACGGUGGUCUAAUUGCGACUAUCCUGGACGAGAGUCUUGGACGUCUAGCAAUAGUGAAUGUUCCGGAAAAGAUAGCUGUAACUGCGACUCUAACAGUAGACUAUAAAGCGCCAACGAAAGCGGACCAGUUCGUUGUGGUUCGCUGCCGAGUUGUAGAGCUCAAGGGGCGCAAGGCAAUUGUAGAAGGUUCAAUAGAGGAUGUCAACGGCGCCUUGUUAGCAAGAGCGAAGGGUCUCUUCGUCCAGCCUAAAUAUGCCAAGCUCCUAAACGCCCGAGCAAUUCAUAAAGCGCUUGGUGAACCGCCUAUCGCAGCUGCAGAGCUCACAGGCGGUGACCCAGUUCCGGCAGAUCCUUCUUUAGAUCAAAGGGAUAUAAAAGACAACCAUAACUGAUAUUAAUUUGUCUUCGUUGCAUUGGCUUGGCUCGCAUUGGAUUUUUUGGGAAUUGAAUACAACUCUUGGAUGGUAUAAUUUAUUAAUAAUGAUUUCCC